AUGACGAAUGUAGAGCAACAGGCUGAGGAAAUGGAAGUGUUGAAGUCUAUCUACGAGGGGGACAAGAAUUUCCAUCAAUUAAAUGAUACUACUUAUCAAUACAAGUAUACGGAAGGUGAAGAAUCGUUCAUUGUAGAAGUGUCGUGGGGUCCAAAUUACCCCACUGAGAAGCCUAGAAUCAAUCUUGAUAUAUUCUUCAAUCAACAUUUGCUCCCAUCUGUGAAACAAAAAAUUCUGGAGAUAAUUGACAAAGAAGCGGAGCAUUGGAUUGGGUCUGCCAUGACGUAUACUCUAUUUGAGAUUGUUAAGGAAAGGGUGGUGGACAUUUUUAGCGCCCAGACUGAACAGGCGGGCCCGUCUGGCGCUAAGAUAUCCAUGGGCUUUCAGAUGGAGAAGAAAAAGCUGGUCAAGAAAAAGCAGCUGCGAAAAGCGAGAAAGAGAAGAGAGUCGGGGUCGAGUGGAGAAUGGAUUUUGGAUCGAAAGUCAAAAAAGGCACCAGCAUCACAUUGUGUGUCGGAUUUAUGGACUUAG